CGGGCAAAGGCUCUCCUGCACAUCUUUGUCUCGCAAAUGGUGCACAGAUGAAGUGAACAAGCAUUUUCGGCCAAAGCGAAGGAGCAACUUUCAACUUUCCACUUGGAUGGGCCACGCGAGAAGCAGCAGUAGCAGCGGUGAAGAAGAUGGGGACGCCGAGUGGAAAGCCGCCGUUGAUUCGAUUGCCUCUGCCGACCCUUUUCUGGCCAGAAAUUUUGCCGUCGAUGCUUCCAAGCCCUCCUCGCAGAACAAUGACAAGCUCUCCGGACCGAUUGUUGAAGAAGACCCAGAUCCCAAAUUCAGACCCCAGUUGCCAAAGCACUACCAAAUCAAGGCACAAAAGCUUCUGGAUGACAUCGUAGAGAGAAACUUGGAAAUUGUGAGCAAUUCAGUUACCAUCCAAGUCAGUGACAGAGAAGAUGAUGGAGGUGGGAUUAAACUGUUUAGAACUGCACCCCGUGGUAUCACAUUUGAUCGAACUGCAGAUGAGCCUCAAGGACCAAAAAGGAAACCAAGGAUUCUACCUGGAGAAGAGAUCGAUGAGAAAUCGAAAAAGUUCAAGAGGCAACUCCAAUCAGUUGUUGUCGAUGGCUUAGAUGUAAUGGGUGCAGCGAAAGCUGCAUGCCAGAAGUCAUUGGCGAGAUUAGAGGCUAGAGAUGCGGCGGCGAAAGCAGCUGUGAAAAGAGAGGAAGAUAGGGUUGCGGAACUCAAGAGGAUCAGAGGGGAGAGGUGGCUACCUUCAAUCGCUAAAGAAAUGCAACUAGAGCGUCAAGGACGAUAUAAUAACGUAUGAUGCUUCCACAAUUUCAUGACUAUUUGAUACUCUCAUUAUUGCUUAUAUCAUCUUUUCGCGCAUUCCAGUUUAUUUUUCCUUUGCCUUCAUGUUUGAUUCUGGUGAUUAUCGGACCCGGUGCAUUCAUUUCCCCAAUUUGAUUGUGCCAUAGAGUCGUAUUCAGAUUUUUUAGCAACUCAGCUGUAAAGUAGUCAUCCUCUGACAAGUUUUGCGUUGUCUGCUCGGAACAUAUGCUUGUCUUGAAGUUCACGUUUCCAUUUAUGUUUCAAAUGAACGUCAUCUUAUGAAUUUUACAGCUUCAAAAUCA